AUGGCCAAAAAUCUGAACAUUUCGCUCCUUGAGACGGAGCUGUAUUAUCUAGUAUCUCGCUUCUUAACCACGGGUCCCUGUCGGAGAGCAGCUGAGGUUCUAGCCCAAGAAUUAGAGGAAUUCCAGCUCUUGCCAGGGAGAUUGGACUGGCAGGGGACAGCACACUCCAGAUCCUACGAAGAUGUGGUGGCAGCCAACAGACAUAUUGCUCCUGACCAUUUGCUUAAGAUAUGUCAACAAAUUGGACCACUUCUUGACAAAGACGUGCCAUCAUGUGUCCCAGGCGUCCACUCACUCCUGGGCUCAGGGAAGCAAUCCAUGCUUCGGACAGCAAAAGAAUGCGAGAAUGUGCGGUUUACAGUGUCAUCAUAUGCAGCCCUCCACCGGGGACGACCACCAGAGAAGCCUUUGAACUACAGAAAACCCUCACCUCUUGUGAAAGUCUACAGAGGGAGAGAGCUCACUGGAGUCCAGAAUUUCAGCUCCAUCAAUCUAGUCAGCAACUAUGAGCGCAUGCGCCUGCACCGGCGCAUCCUGGGCCACCUGUCUGCAGUGUACUGCAUUGCCUUUGACCGCACUGGUCUCAGGAUCUUCACAGGCUCCGAUGACUGUUUAGUAAAGAUAUGGUCUUCGUUUGAUGGGCGUCUUCAUUCAACGCUGCGAGGACAUUCUGCUGAGAUCACAGAUUUGGCAGUGAAUUAUGAAAACACACUAAUAGCAGCAGGAAGUUGUGACAAGACCAUCCGCGUGUGGUGCCUUCGAACCUGUGCCCCUGUGGCUGUGCUGCAGGGCCACAGUGGAUCCAUUACCUCCUUACAGUUUUCACCAUUUGCCAAGGGCUCAAAACGAUACAUGCUGUCCACUGGCACUGAUGCGACUGUCUGCUUCUGGCAGUGGGACGUUCACAAUAUCAACUUUAGCGACCGACCCAUAAAGUUCACAGAGAGGCCACGUCCGGGCGUUCAGACCGUGUGCUCCUCCUUCAGUCCAGGCGGGAUGUUCCUCGCCACCGGAAGCACAGACGAUGUCAUUAGAAUAUACUACCUGGGAAGUGGCGGCCCGGACAAGAUGUCGGAGCUCCACGAACACACUGAUAAAGUGGAUAGUAUUCAGUUUUGCCACACCAGUGAAAGGUUUGUGAGUGGGAGCCGCGAUGGGACGGCCCGCAUCUGGAGGCUCCAUAACCGUCAGCAGUGGAGGUGCAUUCUGCUCAACAUGGCCGCCACACUGCCAGGAUCGGACCCAGCGAGUGAUUCAGAAGAAAGCUACUUCAAGCCCAAAGUCACCAUGGUCUCGUGGGAUCGCCAUGACACUACCGUUAUCACCGCCAUCAACAAUCAUCUCCUCAAAGUGUGGAACUCCUACACGGGACAGCUGCUGCAUAUCCUCAAAGGGCACGAGGCUGAGGUCUUUGUCCUGGAGCCUCAUCCCUUCGACCCCAGGAUCAUCAUGUCUGCCGGACACGACGGAAAUGUCUACUUUUGGGACCUACAGCGGGGAACGAAAAUCCAGCACUACUUCAAUAUGAUCGAGGGCCAGGGCCAUGGAGCAGUGUUCGACUGUAAGUUUACUCCUGAUGGACAACGCUUCGCCUGCACUGACUCUCACGGCCAUCUGCUCAUCUUUGGCUUUGGCAGCAACAAACCCUACGAGAAGCUUCCAGACCAAGUGUUCUUCCACACAGACUACAGGCCUCUGAUCAGAGACUCCAAUGGCUUCGUCCUGGACGAGCAGACGCAGCAGGCGCCUCACCUCAUGCCUCCCCCCUUUUUAGUGGAUGUGGACGGAAACCCACACCCGCCCAGGUAUCAGCGCCUGGUUCCUGGUCGGGAGAACAUUGCAUCAGAACAUUUAGUUCCACAGCUGGGAUACGUUGCCACAAGCGAUGGGGAGGUGGUGGAGCAGGUGAUCAGUCAGCAGACGACAGAACCAGAGGAGAUCUCCGCACGGCGCAGCAGCCUGUUGGACGAGGCCAUCCGGCAGCUGCAGGCCCAGCAGGGCGUCCGGCCCGAGUCCGCAGAGGCUCGUCCUGGUCCCAGAGACGGGCUCAUGCCUCCUCCUGCUCCCAGCACCCCGCGCAGAGCGUCUGUCAACGAUCGAGCAGAUGUGCAGUCUCCUCCCAACGUGGGUCUGCGGCGCAGCGGGCAGGUGGAGGGCGUGCGGCAGAUGCACCAGAACGCUCCACGCAGCCAGAUGGCCACAGAGCGGGACCUGCAGGCCUGGAGGCGCAGGGUGGUGGUGCCCGAGCUCCAGCCCAGCAGCUACAGGGACCAGGAGGAGAUCAGAGGCGUGAAAGGGGAUGAAGAAGUGGCACUGUUUAUUGCACGGAAAAGACGCAUUAUGUACAGCAGCUGUCGAGAUGAUUCUGAUGAGGAGCCGGCACCCGUCAAGAAGUCCCACAGCCGCACGGACCCUCAGGAGUUCUUGGACCUGUCGUGUGAGGAAGGAGAGGAGACUGCCACGUCAGACGCACACACUGAGGACAACGACCUGGACGGCAGUGACCUGGACACGUCUAAUGAUGAGGAGUGGAAUAGUGACAGUCCGAGCCACUCGUCCAGUGAGUACUCGGACUGGACGGCAGACGCUGGGAUCAACCUGCAGCCCUCCACUCCUCUGUCAUCGAGGAAACGUGUGCGGCGGCAACUCAGCAGCUCCGAGGAAGAGGAGGAGGAGACGAAAGACGAGCACAACGAGGAGGAAGAGGAGAAACAGCACAGCGACGAAGAGGAGAGCACUCGGAAGAAGACCAAAAGCAAAACCAAGAAGGAUAGAACCAAAUCGCCACGGAGACCCAAACCCCGGCCGCCCAUCAACAGAGAAGUGUCCAACGAGUUCCGCCCGUCUCAGUGGAUCACCGACGUCAUUCCCAGGAAGUCUCCCUUCGUCCCUCAAAUGGGUGACGAGGUCAUCUACUUUCGCCAAGGACACGAGGCGUACGUCGAUGCUGUCUGCCGGACUGAACUCUAUCCUAUCAAUUUAGAAAAACAGCCUUGGAAGAAAAUGGAGCUGCGGGACCAGGAGUUUGUAAAGAUCACAGGGAUCAAGUAUGAAGUGUCUCCGCCAACGCUGUGCUGCCUGAAGCUGACUCUCAUUGAGACGGGCUCCGGAAAAAUCACAGACAAGUCUUUUUCUAUAAAGUACCACGACAUGCCGGAUGUGAUUGAUUUUCUGGUGCUGAAACAAAGUUAUGACGAAGCCCUCCGGAGGAACUGGCAGCCGAACGACCGCUUCCGCUCGGUUAUUGACGACGCCUGGUGGUUUGGAACAAUCGUCUGUCAGGAGCCGUACCAGCCGGAGUACCCAGACAGCCUGUUUCAGUGUUUCAAAGUCAGGUGGGAUAAUGGAGAGACAGAGAAGCUAAGUCCAUGGGAUGUCGAACCCAUUCCUGACGAAGCUCAGCAGCCGGAGACAGAAGGAGGUGGGAUCCCCGUGACCCCAGAGGAGAUGAGAGACCUCAUGUACAAGCCUCAGCCUGGAGAGUGGGGCGAGCGGAGCCGCAACGACGAAUGUGAGCGCAUCAUCACCGGCCUCCGCCAGCUCAGCAGUAUCGAUGUUGUUGCUCCCUUUGCUGGUCCUGUGGACCUCACCCAGUACCCCACUUACUGCACUGUGAUCGCCUACCCCACGGAUCUGGGCACCAUCAAGUUUCGCCUGGUGCACAGGUUCUACAGGCGACUCUCUGCUCUUAUUUGGGAUGCAAGAUAUAUUGCAACCAAUGCACGCACUUUUAAUGAGCCAAGAAGCAAAAUUGCAGACACUGCCAAAAUCAUCACCAAUGCUCUGCUGAAGUUUAUCAAUAACCAGAGCUGCACAGAUAUUCUGGAGAUCUACAACGCGGUGGAGGAGAUGGGGGAUGAUGCUGACGAGGAGGACGAUGCAGAAGCUCCCGGAACCUCGUCUGGCCACAGACUGCGACAGCGCUCUGCAGAGGUCCUGCCCGAUCGAGACGCCUGGAAGGAGCAGUGCAAGAAGCUGCUGAAUUAUAUUUUGGAGUGUGAGGACUGCGAGCCCUUCAGGCAACCCGUGGACCCGGACAACUAUCCAGACUACCAUGACAUCAUAGACACACCCAUGGACUUUGGCACCGUGAAGAAAACUCUGGACGAAGACCACUACGAAAACCCCAUAGAGCUGUGCAAAGACGCCCGCUUGAUAUUCGCCAAUGCCAAAGCCUACACGCCCAACAAGCGCUCCAAGAUUUACAGCAUGACACUGCGGCUAUCAGCAUUUUUUGAAGAGAAAUUCCGAAGCAUCAUAUCAGAGUACAAAACUGCUGUGAAGAGCAGUGACCGGCUCCGACGAAGCCAAAGGUUCCGGAAGAAGAUGCAGGAUCAGCCAUCCACCACCAACAAUGCAAAUCACAGAAAAGGUGCUGCCAAACCUCAGGAUCACAAGGAGACGUCAGUGACCAAACCUACCUCAGCCAAGAGUGUCUCGGAGCGGACACGUCGGGGCCGGCGCAGCGCGGGGAACAGCUCCUCCUCCUCCUCAGAAGACGAGGACGAAGCUAAAGCGGCCUCUACAUCAGAGUCUGAAAGUGAGAGUGAGGCCAGUGAGUCGGAGGAUAACGGGCGCUCAAGAAAGUUAAGAACAAAAGGAAAACAUUCUCGAGCCACCAGAAGCAAAAAGCAGAGUGGCAAAGGUGCACGUGAUAGUGACGAUGACCAUGAAGAGGAACAGGCCACUGAUGAAGAGCGGCCCUCUCGCUUUACAAACCGUCGCUAUCGCAGCAGAACCGGCCGCAGGAGUGCCAUGCUCACCAGGAACCGCUCUGGAGCAGAGAGGAGGCACUCAGAGCGCUCCAUGAUGAACGGCCACAGCAGUCGGCCGACUCUCAGGGACCGGAGGCAGCGCAGCCAGUCGUCUCCCGCCUCUUCUUCAGGGGAGCAGGCACCAGGCCGCAGGGCUCUGAAGAGGAGGACCGCUCAGGCUGCGGUCAGUAAGAUCAAACUGUGCGAGGGCUCCGACGAGGAGAGAUCAGGGAAAGAGGAGGAUCAUGACCAGUCACCGAGGAGCAGCCUUCAGCGAAACCCCUCUCGCUCCAACAAACGAACAGCGGUGAUCAAGAGCAGCUCAGAGUCUGGGGACGAUUCUACCAAUGGCAAUGAUUUGAGUGAUAAAAAGGUUAAAAAAACACAGAAUUCUUCACCUUGUAAUAAGCAAAAUGGAAACUCUAAAAAACCCCAAAGAAAUGAUAUCUUGUCUAACGGACAUGAAGCAAAACAUAGCUCGGACAAAGACCUAUCCAGUGAAGAAAGUUCUGACGAAGCAGCUGAGCCCCGUAAGAAGCCUGCGAGAAGAGCGGCAGCUGCGGCCAUAAAGAAGAAUCAGAUUUCCAGUGACGAGGACGAGCAAGAAGAGGACGACUGGCAGCCGCCUACGAAAGACAAAACUUCCUCUUCACUAAAAAACACUAAUCAAAAUGGACAUCUAGAUAAACCCAGUCCUAGGAAAAAGACUAACAAAUUAUCAAAAAGCAAAGACCAAGGAAAAUUAUCUACAUGUAAAAAACGGGGAGCUUCAGAUUCCGAGGAGCUGAGUGACGCUCCAAAAACCUCCAGAACACCUGCGAAGAAAAAUGGGAAAAAAUCCAGCUCGUGUGAGGAGUUUGAGGCACGUCCUGUAAAGAGCAGCAAGAGAGGAAAACCCAAACGACACCGAGGCCACUCUUCUGCCUCCGAAAGUUCUACACAAUACAAGCCAAGAGCAAAGUGCAGGCGGAAAGGCUCCACUGCCUCCUCAGAAGAGUCCGACCACUCGCACGGCGGCAGCAGAAGGGCAAGACUUAGGACUUUAGCUAAAAAGAAAUACACUAGUGACCAAUCCUUUUCUGACAACUCUGAGACCAACACGACACUGAACAAUGGGAUAUCAGCCUCAAACAGACCAAAAAGAAUCUCCUCUAAUGGAAUAAGAGUUCAACCUUCUUCAAAAAGGAAACGCAUUUAUACUUCUGAUUCUGAGGACGCAGAGAAGGAGGAAAAACGGCCUGUGGCCAAGAAGAAGAACAGGCCUGUGUUCAACAAAUCUACAAAAAGAAAAUCCAAAUCUCUGCAUAGUAGCAGCAAUGCGGAGGGUUCUGCUUCUCCGUCUGCAGAGGAAGAGGACGAGGAAGAGGACGCUGGGCAUUCAAGGAGAGAGAAGAGGAAUGUAAAGCAGCCAAACCGUAAAACAGGAGGAGAAAGCUACAGCAGCAACAGCAGUCACUCAUCGCACUCGGAAAGUGAACAGUCUUCAAACUCUGAACACUCAUUCUCUGGCUCAGGGUCCCACAGCAGUCCAAAGAGGAGGCCGGUACGCCGGGGCCCCCAGAGGACGUCCGGCCGCCAGCGCAGGCAGCGCCGCACCUUUGCUGCCUCCGAGGGGGAGGAGAGUGAGGGACUGUGCAACAAGCGCUCCCCUCGUGUGAACACUCGCUUCAAGGGGAAAAGAACCAUCAAUUAUCAAGACAGUGAAUGA